AUGAACGGCGCCGCGGCCUCGGCAAGGGCCAAGAGGAAGGCCCCGGGUUCGCCCGACCAGGUCCCCCCGGCCAAGAGAGCAGUCAACGGAAAGCUCUCGCCUGAUGACAACACACCCGAUAUUGUUGAAUUCGACGACCACUCCGACCUCACCGACGACCUUCAUCCCCACGCCGCUAUGUAUAUUGGAACACCAGGGAGUCUUGGUGAAUGGCAGGACACCAUCCAGAAGGUGGUUCGCAACGUCGUCUCGAUUCGCUUUUGCCAGACGUGCUCCUUCGAUACCGACCCUUCCUUGACCAGCGAGGCUACAGGAUAUGUUGUUGACUCUGAACGAGGAUAUAUCUUGACCAACCGCCAUGUUGUCGGCGCGGGUCCUUUCUGGGGCCACCUGGUCUUCGACAACCACGAAGAGGUCGACUGUUACCCCGUCUACCGCGAUCCCGUUCACGACUUUGGCAUUCUACGAUACGAUCCCAAGGCGAUCAAGUACAUGCAUGUCGAUGGCUUAGAAUUGCGACCAGACCUCGCCAAAGUUGGCACCGAGAUUCGAGUCGUUGGUAACGAUGCUGGAGAAAAGCUCAGUAUCCUGUCAGGUGUCAUCAGCCGUCUCGAUCGAAACGCGCCCGAAUACGGCGAGGGCUACAGCGAUUUCAACACGUGUUACUACCAGGCCAACGCCGCCGCCAGUGGAGGAAGUUCAGGCAGUCCAGUCGUCAACAAAGAUGGCAGCGCAGUCGCCCUACAGGCUGGCGGUCGAUCUGAUGGCGCUUCCACCGAUUACUUCCUCCCCCUGGACCGACCUCUGCGGGCGCUUCAGUGUAUCCAAGCUGGCAAGCCCGUCACCCGUGGUGAUAUCCAGUGCCAGUUCCUUCUCAAGCCGUUCGACGAGUGCCGUAGGCUGGGUCUGAGCCCCGAGUGGGAGGCGGCGAUGCGCAAGGAGUUCCCGACCGUGACCAACAUGCUUGUGGCCGAGAUCGUCCUCCCCCAGGGCCCCUCGGAUGGCAAGAUUGAAGAGGGUGAUGUUCUCAUCAAGGUCAACGGUGAGCUCAUCAGCCAGUUUAUCCGACUGGAUGAUAUCUUGGAUUCCAACGUUGGCGAGACCAUCAAGCUCCAUCUUCAGCGCGGUGGGCAGGAUGUGGAGGUGGAUAUCCAGGUUGGCGAUCUUCACAGCAUCACCCCUGACCGAUUCGUCUCUGUAGCGGGUGCCAGUUUCCAUGACCUCUCUUACCAGCAGGCUCGACUCUAUGCUGUCGCCGUCAAGGGCGUCUUCGUCUGCGAGUCUGCUGGGUCCUUCCGAUUCGACAAUGCUGACAAUGGCUGGAUCGUUCAGACUGUUGAUCACAAGAAGGUGCCGGAUCUGAAGACAUUCAUCGAAGUGAUGAAGGGUAUCCCUGACCGCGCCAGGGUGGUGGUCACUUACAAGCAUCUACGUGACCUGCACACCCUCAACACGACUGUUGUCUACAUUGAUCGCCACUGGGCCUCCAAGAUGAAGCUGGCAGUUCGCAACGAUGAGACAGGCGUCUGGGAUUUUACCGACCUGGGAGACCCUCUGCCUCCUGUACCCCCUGUCCGUCGAUCAGCCUCCUUCAUCGAGCUGGAUCAUAUGCCUCACCCUGGUAUCGCGGAUCUUAUUCGCAGCUUUGUGCAUAUCAACUGUACCAUGCCUGUGAAGCUCGAUGGCUUCCCCAAGAACCGACGCUGGGGCAUGGGUCUGGUCAUUGAUGCUGAGAAGGGUUUGGUCUUGAUUUCCAGAGCCAUUGUUCCCUACGAUCUGUGCGACAUCACCGUGACCAUCGCCGAUUCCAUCAUCGUGGACGGCAAGGUGGUUUUCCUCCAUCCUCUCCAGAAUUAUGCCAUUAUUCAGUACGAUACUUCGCUGGUUGACGCGCCCGUCAAGAGCGCACGACUGAGCAACGAAGUUCUUACCCAGGGUGCCAAGACCUACUUCCUUGGCUAUAACAGAAUCGGCCGCGUUGUGCAUGGUUCUACCAAUGUCACUGAGAUCACAGCGGUGGCCAUCCCUGCCAACUCGGGGGCUCCCCGAUACCGUGCCGUCAACGUUGAUGCCAUUACGAUUGACAGCAACUUGGGCUCGUCUUGCAACAGUGGUGUGCUUGUGGCCCCUGACGGCACGGUCCAGGCUCUGUGGCUAUCAUAUCUGGGCGAGCGGUCGCCAUGCUCUCAACGGGAUGAGGAGUACUACCUUGGUCUAGGCACCAAGACUCUCCUCCCCGUUGUGGAGUCGAUCCAGAAGGGCAUCACCCCCCAGCUUCGCGUUCUCUCGGUCGAAUUUAGAUCGAUUCAGAUGUCUCAGGCAUCUGUCAUGGGCGUGUCCAACGAAUGGAUCAAGAAGGUGACCCAGGCCAACCGAUCUCACCACCAGCUGUUCAUGGUUAGCAAGCGGGCCUUUGAGCGUGUCAACCACCCAGUUUCACUGCUCGAGGGAGACAUUGUUUUGACCCUGAACGGCAAGAUGUGCACAACCAUCUCUGACUUUGAUGUCAUGUACUCGCACGAAGUCCUCGACGCUGUCAUCGUUCGCGAGUGUGAGGAGAUGAAUCUCCAGCUGCCUACCGUCGCGGCGGAUGACGUGGAGACGGACCAUGCGGUCUCAUUCUGCGGUGCCAUCCUGCACAGGCCUCACCAGGCUGUUCGACAGCAAAUCAGCAAGCUGCACAGCGAGGUCUACGUAUCAAGUAGGAUUCGCGGCUCGCCGGCCUACCAGUACGGUCUUGCCCCGACCAACUUUAUCACACAUGUCAAUGGCACCUCGACGCCUGAUCUGGACUCGUUCAUCGCCGCGACGCGGGAGAUCCCCGACAACACCUACUUCCGACUCAAGGCAGUCACAUUUGACUGCGUGCCGUGGGUGAUUACGAUGAAGAAGAACGACCACUACUUCCCGACAAUGGAGUGGAUCAAGGACGACAAGGAGGCGUGCGGAUGGCGCCGCGUGACAUACGAAGGCAAGCAGGUCUUCUCGGGAGAGGCAAUUGACGGUGUGGCGCCAGUUGCAGAGGACGCCGACAUGGAGUAG